AGCAAGAAACAUGCCAACAAGGUGAGGAGGUACCUGUCCAUCCAUGGUGGGGAGGAGACUGCCCACGGGAAGAAGAUAAAGCUGGAGGCAAAGCAGGACAGCAAGCAGGAAGGCAGCAAUGGGGAGGACAGGAACAAGUGCUGUCCCAUCUGCAACAUGACCUUCUCCUCUCCAGCCGUGGCAACAUCUCACUACCUGGGCAAGACUCAUGCCAAGAACAUGAAGCAGCAGGCACCCAAAGUGGAAGAAGCAGUGCCCCCACAGAAAAACCCUCCUGCCCUCCCCACCUCGACCACAUCUUCUAACGAAGAAAACAAGGACAUUACUGACCCGGACAAGUUCUGUAGCCUCUGCCAUGCCACUUUCAACAACCCCCUUAUGGCAAAACAGCACUAUGUAGGCAAGAAGCACAGAAAGCAGGAGACCAAACACAAGCUGAUGGCACACUAUGGCCGAACCCCCGAUGCACCAGCGUCGUCCUUCAUGGCUGGGAAGGGGUACCCCUGCAGCACAUGUAACAUAGUGCUGAACUCCAUAGAGCAGUACCAAGCUCACAUCAGUGGCUUCAAACACAAGAAUCAGAUGCCAGGAGCAGUGCCAGUUGUCGGACCAUUCCCGCCACAACAGUAUGUCCGGGAAGAGUCAACUGCCCCAGGAGGCUACAGUUACUUCAGCCAAGACUUCUAGAGCAAGUUGCAGCACUGUUCUUGGAGUUGUUGGUGGCCCCAGAACGCACAUCCUUUGCCAGCCCACAAUGGUUUCAUUAUCCCUCUGGAUAAGCAAAGCCCUACCCUCCUGUAUGCGCUCGUUGAGCAGAACAGGGACUGAAUCUGUCAGGAAAAGGAUCCAGUUGGAAGAGACUUGCUAGACAGCAAAUACUUCA